AUGGAGCUGCUGGAGGCGCGCGUGCAGUUCGUGCGCGCGGGCGCCCGCUCGGCCCGCACCGUGUCGAAGGUGUACUUGAACCCGAACGAUAUGGCGCAGUUCGGGCUCGAAUCGGGCGCCUACGUGACGCUCCACACGUCCGACAAGGUGAAUGACACACCCUCGUUGCUGCUGUGUGGCCUGGCGUGGCCCAUGGACAAGAUCAAGCGGCGCGGCGUCGGCCUCAGCUCCAUGUGGGAGGCUGCAGUGGCCGAGCAGCAAGUGGAGACGGUGACGGUGCAGAUUCUACAGAACUCAAGUGCUGUAGCCAAGAGCGUCGCGCUGAGACUGGUGUCCAGGGCGUCGACGCGCAAGCAGAAGCUGUCCGAGAAGGAGCGCACGCUGCUGACGCGCUGCAUCUCCGCUAUGAUUGACGGGGCGUUGGUGCACAGUGGAGCGUUGAUUUCGUUGCCGCUGCAUGGUGUAAACUCGGUUUUCCGAGUGGAAAAGGUUGAUGGAGGCAGUGGAGAUAACCAGAGCAUUGUGAGUAUCGCUGCGGCCAAGACGGCGCUGACGGUGUCAUGGGAGGAAAAACAGGAGGAGCUUGUGGUGGAGAAGAAAAGCGUAGGGCCGACUGAAGCUGCAGGGAAGGCCAAACAGGACGGGUUUUCGGCGAUUGGAGGUCUGCACGAGGAGCUGAAGGCCAUCCGCGAGGUGGUGGAGCAGCCGCUGACGAACCCGGAGACGUUCGAGAGAUUUGGCUUGCCGGCGCCGAAGGGGGUUCUACUGUUUGGACCGCCCGGAACGGGUAAGACGUUGAUCGCAAGGACAUUGGCGCGGGAAUUGAACGCGCGCGUGUUCACUAUCAACGGGCCGGAGGUUGUGAGUAAGUUUGUCGGCGAGAGUGAGGCGAACCUGCGCGCUGUGUUCGCGCAGGCUGCGCGCGAGGCGCCGUCGCUCGUGUUCAUUGACGAGCUGGACGCUAUCUGUCCGAAGCGUGAUUCUCGAGUGGGUGACAUGGAGCGUCGGCUAGUGGCCACGCUGCUCACGCUGAUGGACGGCCUGAGCGCGUCACGACAAGUUGUCGUGCUGGCGGCGACAAACCGACCAAAUUCGCUCGACCCUGCGGUGAGAAGACCUGGCCGAUUCGAUCGUGAGGUGGAGAUCGGCAUUCCAAGGGCCAAAGACCGACUGGCCAUUCUUCGAGUGGCCCUGCGCCGCCUACCGCACAAGCUCACGAACUCUGAACUGCAGGAGCUGAGCUCGAGUGCCCACGGAUACGUGGGAGCUGACCUCAGUGCACUAUGCAAGGAGGCCGCGCUACUAGCGCUUCACCGCGCGUUUGCGGACAAUGCUCAGUCUACUGGCGCGGUGUUGGCCAGCUCGGACUCGCUACCGGCCUUUGAAGUGACGCUGAGCGACCUGAAGCUGGCGAUGCGAGGAAUUCGGCCCAGCGCUCUGCGUGAGAUUUCAGUGGAUGUGCCUCGCGUGCUGUGGAAUGACAUCGGUGGCCAAGACGCGCUUAAGCAGGCCCUUCGCGAGGCGGUGGAGUGGCCGCUACAGCAUCCAGAGGCCUUCACGCGCAUGGGCAUUCGCCCCCCUAAAGGCGUGCUGCUGUACGGACCUCCUGGUUGCAGUAAAACACUGGCAGCAAAGGCGCUGGCGACGGAGAGCGGCAUGAACUUUAUUGCUAUCAAGGGCCCCGAGCUGUUCAGCAAGUGGGUGGGCGAGUCCGAGCAGCAAGUGCGUGAGGUGUUCCGCAAGGCCCGUGCUGCUUCACCGACUGUGGUCUUCUUCGACGAGAUCGACGCCCUAGCCAGCACUCGUGGAUCGGGCGGUGGCAGUGGCGCCUCGGACCGAGUGCUCAGUCAGCUACUGACUGAGCUGGACGGACUCGAGCCGCUGAAGCGCGUCUUGGUCGUGGCUGCAACGAACCGCCCGGACCUGCUAGACCCCGCCCUGAUGCGGCCCGGCCGCAUUGAUCGCGCGCUGUACGUGUCCCCGCCUGACGUCCCAGUGCGCGAACAGAUCCUGCAAAUCCACACGCGGAAGACGCCAUUGGCAUCAGACGUGAGCCUGGCUGAGCUGGCCAUCGCCACCGCUCGGUUCUCGGGCGCAGAACUCCAAGCGCUCUGUCGUGAAGCUGCCUUGCACGCAGUCGAAGAAGACCGCGCGGCCGUCAACGUGGCAAAAAGGCAUUUCGUCCGCGCGUUGUCCAUCGUAACACCGCAGAUCGACGACCGGAUGCUAGCGUUCUUCGAGCGCUUCCGAGACGGACAGAGGAGAUAG